AGAGAGUAAAUGUGAUAGGGCCACUAGGACCCUUCCCCUUCAUAGGCCUACCCCUAAUUUUUUAUCGGAGACUAUCAGUCUCUACCGAAAUUGCGAUUCUCCAUGGAAACAACACAUUUGUAUUAAGUGAUAAUGAGUGCAAAACGUUUGGAGUGACCGAAUAGGUCACUUCAAUUAACUCCUCUAUGUUAAUUACUAGCACUGGCUUAAAUCAAUGGCCGGAAAAGCCUGUAUCCACACAACCCAUCACUUCUAAAAAAAACUCCAAUGGAGAAAAGCUCCGAUCAGAAUGUCCCACCCCCACUAGUAUUCACUUCAAUGCUAGCUCCACCAAAUAGAGUCCCAACAUCUUGUGUGGAGCUGGCCCUGCAAGGAAUCCAACUAUAAUUUUAGGCAAAAAUAAGGGUAGAAGAAAAUCAUCCUUCUUCUCCAAGACACAACAUAUCUAGCGCAAAUAGUCAAGGAAUCCUUAGACCAAGCGGUGUUGCGGAUGGGGAAUCAAGUUUGAAAGCAAACAAUGUUCCGUGCACAGUGUUCUUAGAGCUUGACACCCAGCUCAACCGAGGACCUCAAUACUCUAAUGACCCGAACAUUUAUGUCUCUCCCAUUCUUCCCCAUGGAGACUUACAUGCCGAGCUCUUAAGCACUAACCUUCACCCCUGUGCCUACAAUGCCGAAUGCCCAAGUGCCCCAAGCACUAGGGACAGAAGGCUAAGAAAGCACAAAUGCAUCCCUCCUAGAAGCUCUGAAUGAGAGCAACGGGGAGAUGGAAAUGUUCCUGUCACUCUUUGGGAUCUAAUCUUAUAAAUCUUAGCCCUAGACAAACCGCUCAAGAGAGAGUUCAGUGAGCCAUACAGUGCAACUACUUUGGUAUAUCUUUCAUUGGAGAGGAAGUUGUUCUCACCGCGUCUGAGGAGCAGGAAAAGUCCAACUCUCCCGGCGAUGUUACUGGAGCCAAUAUUCAUGACACUAGACCCUCUCCAGAUGGGCAAAAGGAAGGAUUCGGUAAACCAUGCCCCAACCCAAGCAAACUCCAUAGACAUCUUCAUUUGGAAUACUAAGGGGCCAAUAGUUCCAAUUUCAGAUGUCAGUGUGACGCAAUGGUCACGUUUUACAGGCCUGCUAUACUCUUCCUGCUCAAGAUUAAGAUGUCGGAGCAUAAGAGCCUUACAAAAGCUCUUGGGUAUGACGCCCAAGUUCAAUCUUCCGUGGUUGGCCUCACUGAAGGCACUGUGAUUAUGUGGAAAGAAGAUCACGGGCACCUGGAUAACUUCACUGUCACUACUCAGGGAAUUCAUGUCAUAGUCAAGAUACCGCGUUUUCGCUCAAUUAGGACAAUGCCGUUCAUGCCGGAGCCCGAAUUCGCUGCUCUCAAUGCAUUUCUGAGGGAAUACCACUACGGCAGCCUUACUUUUAAGGCGGAACUGCUUCUUUCUUGCUCUUUUUUACGUCCAGCCACCAGGUUAAAGGCUCAUUUUCAAGACAAUCCAAAAGACCUAGAUCUUUUGAAGCAUGAUAAGAAGUUAAGAAAGAAGGCACCUUCCCCACACCUACGUGAUGUACCUGAUUACCUAUUGGAUCCAACAACACAAGAAGCUAGCAAGAUUGUAAAGCUGGCCAGAGCUGCAAUGGGUAAUACUAAUCCAUCUCGUGGCAAAGGAUGAAAGGGAAGGUUCAAAAGAAGCAAAGACCCUCUUAAAACUUUUUCAGCUGAGGUAGUUAAGGCAUACACGGAGGGACAACAAAAAGAGAUAGUUAAAAUUAAGGAGCUCGUACCAAGAGUUUUGAAGCAAAUUCAAAACCAAGUAAUUGAAUUCGAGGACCUUCUAAAAGAUGAUGGUAGCCCCAACAUUGAAUCCAUUAAAAGGUUCUUCCAUAAGUUUGAUGAUGAUCAUCACAAUCAUCUAACACCGUCAGAAUUGGAGAAGCUAACGAGAAAUGUCAAUUUCUGAGAGGCACACCUGAAUAAAAAAACCUCUAUAAAGGAAAAGCACAUUACAUUAUGUUCUUGUUGUUGAUCUUGAAUUCGAGGGAAAAACCUCUGAAGAGGUACUUCUGGUCUCAUGGCCUAAUGUCAGACUCCACGUACAAAAUGUUCACUUCUUUUUGCAAUUAUUCUCGCUAUGUGAGUGAGUACUAUAGAGACAAUGUAUCGCCAAUGUGUUCAAGAGUCAUGAGCUUAGUCAGUAAAAAACCAGCAAAUUUGUCGACAAGUAUGAUGUUACCCUCGAUGUCAGUAUCUCAUCGGUGCUAUCUCGUUCCAAAAUUAUAAGUCCACAAGAAAAUGCUGAGAAGAUAGAUGUCUGCAUCGACGAUGAAAAUGUCAAUUACUUAAACCGACAAGAUGUGAGAAGGGCUCUUUAUGCAAGGCUUGUUGGUGUUCGCAGUUGGGAUGUCUGCAGCACGUGAGUCGAUCCACAAGCUUGUCUCUUAAGUUCCCCUCCUAAGAAAAUUGAUAUUCUUUAUGGCCAUCUAAAUAUAAAUGAAUUUGUUUCUCAACAUCACUUGUCACAAAUGAAAUCAAUACAAAGUUAUAGCACAGUUACAAGCUGAAGUUGUACUAA